UUAAUAAUUGUGUUGGUUUGAAAAAUCAUAGAUAUUUUUGUCAAUUCAAUUUCUAUGCUAUAUUGUGCAUGAUCUAAUGUACAUUAUUUAUUUCGUACGAUUUGUUUGUAAAUGAUAAAUUUGUGUUACAAGUAUUAUUAAUUUAAUAAUUAUUAGGAACUGACUAAAAAUCAAUAGUUUUUAUUAACAAUUUGUGAUGUUACAUGUUUUGCUUUAGUUAUGGCAAUGGGAUUUCUAUUGGGAUUUCACAUCUAUCACAUUGCCCAAAAUAUAACAACUGUCGAAUAUCAUAUAAAUGAAAUCAAAGCUAAUGUAUUUUAUAAAAAUUAAUAAUAUACAUUUAGAACCCUUUCAGGAAACCAAGAAUUAUAGAUAACUUAAAAGAAGUCUUUGGUCCUGAAAUUAAGUAUUGGUUUCUUCCUUUAAGAAAUGUAGAAAAGAGUGCCUUUCCUAGAACAGAUCUUUUUGAAGUCUGA